GAUCCCUCUCCGGAUCCCACAUCCGUGUAUUCCUCUCCCCUCAGUGCCAUGGCCACCGUGCUCUCCCGGCGCCUGGGGAAGCGCUCCCUGCUCGGCACCCGCGUCCCCGCCGACGGAAUUCCGGCGGCGGCCUCCCAAAUCCCGGGAUUGCAGCCCGAGCUGGCCCCUGGUGUCCACGAGGAUGGAUCCUGCGUGUUCCUCCCCGUGGAGGAGAACAGCCAAGCUCCCGGAUUCCCCGGCCUCCGGCAGCUCCGCUCCGGGCAGCAGGUGCUCCUCGCUUCCAGCGGGCAGGAAUGCGAGCAGGGGAAGGUGCUGCUGCCGGAGCAGGGCUGCUGGAGGGUGCAGGACACGCUCCAGCCUCCUGCUGACACCCUGCCCAGAUCCGUAUCCAGCAGCAUCGACGUUCCCAACAGGAAAGCCGACGAUGCCGUGGAGAUGGAUGAGAUGGUGGCGGCCAUGGUGCUGACCAGCCUGUCCUGUUCCCCCGUGGUGCAGAGCCCUCCCUCCGGAGAGAGCGCCCUGCCCCCUGAUAAAAGUGUGUGUGUCCCCCCUUUUCCUGCAGCGCCGCGGGACCCCUGGAAGGAGAGCGGGGACGUGUCGGACGGCGGCAGCAGCACCGCCAGCAGCAGCAGCGGCCACUGGAGCGGGGCCAGCGACAUCUCCACCCCCUCGUCGCCACCUCACCCCAAACACUCGGGAGGGGCUCUGAGCUCCCCCCGGGGCGACGACGGCUUCGAGACCGACCCCGAGCCCUCCCCCGUGCCCGAGGAACCCGCCCCACGCAAGAGGAAGAACUCGGUGAAGGUGAUGUACAAGUGCCUGUGGCCCAGCUGUGGGAAGGUCCUGCGCUCCAUCGUCGGCAUCAAGCGGCACGUGCGGACCCAGCACCUCGGGGACGGCGCCGAGUCGGAGCAGCGGCGGAAGCGGGAGGAGGAUUUCUACUACACCGAGGUGCAGGUGAAGGAAGAACCAGCCCCUGAGGUGACCACCACCACCACCACCACCACCACCCCCACCAGCCCCACGGCCACCUCGGCCCCCAUCAUCAUCCGGCAGGCGCUGGCCACGCCGGAGCCGCUCCUGCUGGAGCCGCCGCUGCCGGAGCCCGGCCUGGCCGGCGCUGCCCUCAGCCAGUCGGCCCCCGGCUCCUUCUGGCACAUCCAGGCCGACCACGCCUACCAGGCGCUGCCCUCCAUCCAAAUCCCGGUGUCCCCCCACAUCUUCACCAGCAUCAGCUGGGCCGCCGCCACCUCCACCCUCCCGUCCCUGUCACCGGUGCGGAGUCGCUCGCUGAGUUUCAGCGAACCCCAAACGCCGCUGCUCAAAUCCCACCUGAUCGUCGCCUCCCCGCCCAGGGUGUCCCUGGGCACCAGGAAAAUCCGCGGCGAAGCCAAGAAGUGCCGCAAGGUUUACGGCAUCGAGCACCGGGACCAGUGGUGCACGGCCUGCCGCUGGAAAAAGGCCUGCCAGCGCUUCCUGGACUGACCCCCUGGCAUCCCAUUCCCAAAU